CGCCUAUAUUAGAUCACACGAAAUGUUGCGCGUGGAUCUCCGUUCAAAAAAAGAAAGAACGAUUUGAAUUGCUCGUGUAAUUCAUUUGAAACAAAUGAAGAAACUAUUUUUUAGAGAUCGCUUUAUCAACAGAAUGGCACACUGGUUUCACAGAAACCCACUCAAAGCGACGGCGCCUGUUUCGUUUAAUUAUUAUGGCGUGGCGAGUAGCAUCCCGGCCAACAAGAUCUGCAAUGAGCUGAGGUCAACCAGGGCCAGACUGUUGGAGAUGUUCACAGAUGUUACCUGCAACCAGGAAGUCAUGAAGAAUGCAGCCGAUGCAUACUUCUCUCUCCUACAAGGUUUCAUCGUUUCUUUGGAUGGAACGACACAGGAGAACAAGAUGCGGUUUAUCCAGAACUUUAAAUGGACUGACACUUUGCAAGGAAAUUUGCCAAGUGCUCAGCAGGAUGCCAUCUUUGAACUGAUCUCCAUGGCCUUCAAUGUUGCCAUCUGGCACACCAAGUUUGCCUCCAGAAUAGCAGGGAAAGAAGAUGUGACUGAGACAGAGGCAAAAGAUGUUCAUCGGAGCCUGAAGGUUGCUGCUGGAAUUUUUAAAACUCUCAAGGAGGCCUACAUCCCUCGUCUCAUCACCCCAGCUGAAAAAGGCAAAGAUUUGGAGUCCAGAGUGAUUGAUACGUACAUCAUCCAAUGCCAAGCAGAAGCACAAGAAGUGACCAUCGCCAGGGCAAUCGAACUAAAGCACAACGCCACAAUCGUCGCAGCAUUGUCGUACGAGACUGCAAACUUUUACCAAAAAGCCGAUCACACCCUUCACACCUUGGAGCCAGAAUGCAGUACCAAGUGGAGGAAGUAUCUGCAGCUGAAGCAGCACUUUUACAUGGCUUAUGCGUACUGCUACCAUGGACAGACACUGCUGGCAAGUGACAAGUGUGGCGAGGCGAUUCGAUCCCUCCAGGAGGCAGAGAAGUGUUACUCUCGGGCCGAGGAGCUGUGCAAAGAGUAUCGCCAAACCAAAGGACCCGGAACCACAGCGAAGCCAUCGGAGCAGCUCUUCUUCCGCAAACUGGGCGGCCUCAUUAGAAACACACUGGAGAAGUGCCAGAGAGAAAACGGCUUCAUAUACUUCCACAAGGUGCCAGCUGAACCUCCUGUCCUGGAGCUGAAGGCCAGCUACGGGCUGGCCGAGCCUGUUCCGUUUGAGAUGCCCCCUCUGAAUGAGCAGUGCACUCCUGAGGUCUACGCCACCUUUGACCUCACCAAGGGCCCCAAAAAUGACAAAGCCAAACCUAAAGAGGAAGAGGUGAAGCCGGUGAAGGAGCCGGACCUGAAACCUCAGAAGGACAGCGGCUGCACCAUCUCCUAACUCAGCACCGCUGUUCAACAUGACACUUCUUUGUAGACAUCUAUGGGAUAAGUGAUUCACUUCUUAAUCAUCCUCUAUAUUCAUGCUGAAGUGUCAGUCACUUUACAUCGACCCACAGAGGCCGACAAAUGUAAUACUGCAAAAUAAUUCAUCUUAUUUGCCUUUUAAAACGACAUAGUAUAUGAUGUCUGGACUGACAUGCUGUAGCAGUAUCAAAGAAUGAAGCGGACAAUAUACGGUGACAUUAAUUUAUAUUUAAGUUCCAAUUCAAUUUCUAAAUGUACUUCAACAUUGUUUGCCUGUUUGGAUUCCUACUUUAAGAUAAGUAUGCGAUGUUAAAAAACAUCAUAGUCGACAACAGUAUGAGGCGUAUGGCAAAUGAAGGAAUAUAUUUCAUUUAAAUCAAGUUUUUAUAUUAGUAAGGCAUUUGCCAGGCUGGUUCACUCUCAUGUGUUGCCAUGGCGACAGAUGAGUCAUCAUUUUUAUUGAGUUAUUCUGGGAUGCCUUCAAAACAGUGAUCGACGCGAAACAAUCAAGUAAAACAUUGUUUACGACUUCAAAAUGUUUUCUACACAUUAUUUUAUUUACUCUUGCUAGUUCAGAAUGAUCUCUCAGUGUAGUCACAUGUGUGUUUGUGUUAAUCACCUGACCUGACUUCUCCAUGGUAUCAGCGACACAAUAUUUAGCCACAAGAAUCAGGUACUCUACCAGACAAUAUACACUCUUGCACUGUGUGAAAAACACUUGCCUCGCACUCCGCGCGACUCUUCGAACCUGCUUGCUAAUUUUGAAGGCGGGAGUUAAAUGUGUCAGGAAUCUGGCUGCUGCCUUGUUUAUCUUAUCCUGUCAUCUGUUUAGCAGUGGGGUGUGUCCGACGUCAUGACGGUGAACAGAUCCUGCAGCCUGUUAUACUCCAAUGUAAAAUGUAUAUCAAAGAAAAUAAAGGACAAAACACA